AUGACCGAAGCAGAUGCUACCAGGAGACCACUAACAAUGCCAGAAAAAUUCAUACCUUACUUGGAAAAGUACAGAAUUUAUAAAGCUUUUAAGGAUAUGGUUGAAGAUCUCGUAUUGACUUUACCAAGAGACCAUUUGAAACAGAUUAAAAUAUUUUUGGGGCGCCACUUCCAUACCACCAAGGAUAUAGACAGGGUUAUGAUAAUCGUCUCACCGGAAUUAAAGAUCGGUAAGUAAUCGGUAGGUACAAUCUUUAUUAUGCCGGAAAUUCAUUAGACGGGCAUGCCCGCGGGCAAGUCAACAUCCCUAUCUAAUCUCGUUACUCAUGUCACGUUACAUACAUAUUUUCCUAUAUAAUUUAUUUUCUGAUCCAUAAUAAAUUAUUUUGGCACCCCUCUGACAGUGGCGCACGUGCCUCCCACUCUCCAGCGCGAAGAUUACGUGCCCGGUUGUAUAUCACCCAUCAUCAUGUCCGAGGUCACCAAAGAGCUGACUAAGAAGGAGCCAGUCGCUCAGGCUGGGUGGCUUAUGUUUGACCAUCCGUGCACGAUACGCGAGGCACGCUGCUUACAACAAGAUGGCGUGCUGCCGUCUAUCACUCUGGCAUUGAUGCCUACGCCUCUACAAGCACCAAAAGCUGAGAACCCUCUAACACCCAAGAGAGGAUUUUUCCAUCAAGAUUUCGAGGGACUCAACAUUAUCUUUCUGAACGCCAGCUGGGACACGUGCAAGAAGCGGCGACUAGGUGUGACUGUAGAUUGGUGCACUGGCCGACCUGUCCCCAAUGAUGGUUCCAGCCCGCGAGCACUACCGCGCGCCGACAAUACAGACUCAAAUAUCGAGUUACAAGUCUCUGACUUUAUUUACUACAAAAAUACAUUAAAACUUUCAAUUUUACAGUUGGACUUCUACUUUUCUGAAGCUCUGGCGGAAAUGCGUGCUGCGGCCGGCAUCACCGCAGUCGAGAUCAAUGCUAAUGAGCCCUUCGGUAAUUCUUGA